GGCGUUUUAAGCGGUCGACAAGGAGUCCAUCGAUUCUGGUUUGGAAAGAUUAUUAAAUGAACAUGAACUUAGAUUUUUGUCCGUUAUAUCCACAAUGGCUUGUUCCUAGUCUGCCGAUCUCCCUUUCGCAUCUGGAUUCCGGCGGUAGCGAAAACUUUACUCGAUCGGCAGCCUUCUGAGGAACACCAGAUUCCCUUUCGGGGACUCUCGCUGUCUCAAAGCUGGUAGAUCGGUAUGAUCGGCAGAUUCCAGGAAUCCUGGUCGAAUGAUCGGUCAGUCGCCAGGAUUGCGGUAUAUAUCUUCAUUCUCAUUACAUUGGAAAUCGAAUAAUUCAUCAAACACUUCACAUUCAUUCCUUAACAACCACACUCAUUUACCAAACUAUCCACUCAUUCAUCCAUCUCCCCACACUCAAUCAUCAAACCAACUUUUUCACUCAAAAACCCAAACCGAAAACAUGCAAUUCUCACGUAUCUCUGCUCUUGCUCUCGUCGUUGUCCUUGCGGACUUCAGCAUUGCUCUUCCCGUCAGCAAGGGUGGAUCGCUUGACGCUUUGAGCGGAGUCGAAGGUGUUGUCCCAGUCGGCAAGAUCGCUCGCCAUGCAGGAAACCCAGGAUACGAGGCGGCUCAAGCAGGUGAGGGUCCAUUGGCCCCAGCCCACCCAACUGAGAUCCACCCAACCCCAGUCCAACCAGUUGUGAUUCACCCAACUCCAGUCCACCCAGCCGGAGUCCACCCAGCUCCAGCCCACCCAGGUACAGUUCAAUCCAGCGAUGUCCAACCUACCGAUGUCCAAACCACCGACGCCCCCGCCAAUGUCGAGCAAACCGGAUUUCACCCAACUAUCAACAACCCGGAGCAAGUACAAGAUAAUGAAUCUGCGGGUUUGGUCAAUUUGAACAGCCAGCUCCUUGUUCCAAUUGAUAUCGACUGCGUUGGAAUUGCUGUCUGCAACCCCGUUACAGUUGAGAGAGAGGGAAAGCCCAGUGCAUAGGCUGACAUGGCUAUUCAUUGAUCGUGUUUCGAUGGGGCGGGGGGGGGGCAUGAUUCUCAGGUCCUUGAACAUUUGUACUAGGAGAUGGAGCCUGCAUGUUUGUUGAGAUGAUAGUUGAAUUUUGGGGAGAAAACUUUUUGGCGAGAUGAUUUUUGUGGAGAUUUUUAAUUCUAAUAUAUACAUUUUUACCCUUCUAACUAAAAUUGCUUGCAUCCA